AGUAUUACAAAUGUGAGAAUUAUACAUUAAAGCACAGAUUUUAAAGUUAGACUUUGAAUUUUGAUGUCAAUUCCACUAUUGCACACACAUAUAUUACACAAAGUAUUUAGUUUAAUUACAUCAAAAGUAACUGUAAUUAAAUUACAGAAAAAAUAAGAGUAAUCCCUUACUUUACUUUUUCAAGGGAAAAGUAAUUAAAUUACAGUAACUAAUUACUUAGUAACUAGUUACACCCAACACUGAGACAGAGCAUAUCUUAUCCUUUUUAAAAGAUUCAAUUUAAAUCGAAUAUGGCCCACAACACACAAUAUUUUGUAAUUGUUUUGCUGUGGAGUCCUUCAGGUCACUGGGUUCCACCAUCUCGCUUGAACAGAUUUUGCCAAGUAAGAGAUGUUGUUAUGGCAACGUUGUUGACAACAUUUUUGUAAAAAAAAGUCUACACCCACUCCAAACUCUAACCAUAACCAUAUCCCUUAAACCAGAGUAAAAUGAUCGAUGAAUAAUAAGGGUGCAGAGGCACAAAGCCUUGGUUAGCUUAAUCUUAACAUGAAGUGUAACUAAUCCCUCAAAUCUGAUUGGUUGAUUUAAAUGUUGUCACAGGGUCAACAUCUCUCACUUGGUGAAAUCAGGAAAGUCCCACCAUCUCACAGGACCUAAAGUUAGAGACUUGUGAGGGGUAGUCCUGUAGUCCUUGAAAAUGGCAGGAAAAGCCAUCACAGAGCUAGGCCACAAUCCUUUUGAACUUUUGCCCAAGUACAAGAGUGCAAAAGUAUAUUUUUCCCCACAGAUAAUGUCAUAAUCACUGUUAUAAUGACAUAAAAAUGUGUUAUGGAUGUGACAAAAAGGACACGGUUUUUGGGAGAUGACAAAUUUUGUAGGAUUUGUGAAUUAAAAUGCACAAACCUGAAGCAAAUAUAACCAACAAAUGAAGCACGACAAAAAGACAACAAAGCCCGGGGAUCAGACCAGGAACACGACACUUUUUGAUUUUGAAGUAGGCCUACAAAUUAAUUCGACUAUUUGUAUUUUGGCAGAGACAAGAAAAUAUACACAUAGCCAAACCCUGUGUUGGGUGUGCACCGUUUAACCAUCACUCAACUUGCUUUUUUUCUUGUUGUUUUUUUGUGCGGGUAAUAUGUGGGGAUUAUAUUUUCAUAUUAACACAUCAGAAAUGUUGUAAUUCUGAAUUUCGUUAGAGAAGGAAUUUAUUUAUCCCUCAAUAAUUUAAAUUAGAGACAAACCUUUUGCAGAACGUAUAAAAAACCCGAGCAAACAUUAGAUUCUGUGUGAAACUAAUUUUAUUGAAACUGGUUAUUUUCGCUCAGAUUAAUAUUCAAGAAAACUAAUGAAAACAUUUUUCAUUCUAAAACUUUAAAAACCACACCACUGCUAGCUGUUGUGACUAUUAUUGAUAAAUGUGCUUAUCUUAUGAAAGCAGUACUUUUUGUACGCUUACAAAUUAUCGCAAGGUGUUCUGUGUGUUCAGGCGACAGUUAGUUUUGAAUAUUUAUUUAACUUAUUUUUAAAAAGAAAAACUGAUUUCUGUAUAAAUUUGUAUUUAUUUAUCUUAUAUUUCAAUAAAAUUUUAUUAUAAAACAUUACUUUAUUUUCAUCAAGUCUGAUAAAACUUAAACCUAUUCUUUCUAACUGCAAAAAUAUUUCUUCAUCUAAAAUCUAACCGAUACAAAUAACAAACGCAACACCAUGCUGUGUCCAAUGGAGUUCUAAUUCUGACAAUAAGGUAAAUUCUGAACUUUUUUGCUCAUAUAGCCAUCUUAAAUAUUUACAUACAAUUUUGGAUCUGAAUUGUUUUAUUUGAAAGUAGACAUUUCAAGUGUUCUAUAGAAAUAUGUGCCGACACUUUGGAUUGCCUAAAUAGUAGGCAAGGCCAAAUAUAAACAGAAAAUCGUCUCGGGUAGGUCAUGGAGACGGCAGAACGGGCAUCAUUUUUCUUGUUUUACAAAAGCACUAACUUUUGCUGGUAUUGUGAGUGUAUGCAAAUAAAAUCAUUUAGAUUAUUUUGUCUAAUGAUGUCCUAUAUGGACGAAGAUGACUGCAUUCUUCCCUCUGUUCAGGGGAAAUCAAAGUGAUCAAAGCGUCGCAACUUCUUAAAUAAAAUAAAACUGUAAAAUAUCAUAAAGAUAUACAUUUUAUAUGUUGUUAGGGAUUUCCCUCUAAAACAUAAACCCGUGUUAUAAUGUAAAAUCAGCUGUUUACUUUAUAAAAAUGCAGAUCGAUCUCUCCUCUCUUGCAUAAAAACACAUGAAGCGUUUUACACCUUUUGAACAUGUCCUUGUGCUGAAACAAAUGCCUUUCCAACCUGAUGAGUGAUGGGAAAAGGAGAACACGUUCGGCAAAAGGGGGAUACGAACCCCUAUCGAUCUGCUACAAAAGCUGCGUAGCAAUGUGACGUCUCCAACCAUACGCCACUGGAGCUAGUGAGAGGCAAGAGCCUUUUACUUAUUUAGUUUGUCAAUGUUGCAGGUACUUGUACUCUGUUUGAAUAGACUUUGUUAUUUUAGUCGUAUUUUAUUUUAUAGUCUACAGAGAAGCAGGAAAAAAGUCAAGUCAAGUCAAAUUUAUGUUUAUUUGCGCUUUUUACAAAUUGCGUUGUAUCAAAGCAGCUGUACAACACAAAAAGAGGAAAAAACAAAGCAAUGAAAUACAGACACAUACGUAUCUACAGUACAUACUAUGUACACACAUAUAUAGGUAUUAUAAAUUAAAUUACGUUUACUGAGUACAAAUUUCAUGGUAUUCUUGCAAGUCUUGCAAAAGAUGAGCUAGAGAAAAGCCUCAGGCUAAGCUUGUAUAAGAUCGCCAAGCUAUAGAUAAAACAAUCAAUCUCAAGAAAGAGCAAAUAGAAAACAAACAAGAUCAUUGAACUCAAAGCAAGCGUGCAGUGCGCUUAAAUCCUUCCCACAGUAUUUAGCUUCCACCUGUAACGUUAGCAGCUUCUUUGUUACAAACGAAUGCUGCCUUUGGGAUAGUUAAAGCCUAGCUCCCUACUACACCUACCAGUAACUUUAUCAGAUAAAAGCUUCAUUAUUUAUUAGCCGUGAGGCACUUUAUUUCGACUUUCGGAACAUUUCGUUAAUUUGCGCUACAACAAAUAUGCCUUUUCAUUCUGAUGAGGGAAGGGAAAAGGAGGGAUCGCAAUCGGGCUGAUGAGUCGUACGUUGCCUUCACCCCUAAACCACUCAAGCUGGAACUUGCUCGAAGUAUUUUGAGUACUUACUGUCUCUGCUAAAACAAUCAAUCUCAAUUGCGAGAAAAUUAGAAAAUAAAUAAGAUUAUUAAAGUCUAUAUCUAAUAGCUUGUUGUAGUGGGGACUUUCACUGGCCAUCAAGCACAAAUAGAUAAGUGGAACUUUCGCAUGUUACAUGCAUUGUGAUGGCAAAGAGUCUAGAAACGGAAGGCAAACCCCUAGGCCUACAGUAAUGGUUUAACCCUACCGCUCAGCAGCCAAUAGGAGCUCAUCACGCUUACACGUUCAAACUGGUCAAGUGGCCGGAUGGCUCAAAAAAACGUGAAAUUUACGUCUGACGUCACGCGUCGAGAACGUGUUGUUUGCGCGUAGAAUACGCGUCGAUUUUUAACGCGUAAACUACACGUACUCUACGCGUUGUUGACGUGUUAAAAUUCGCGCGUUUUUGACCCUCCUGGUUUUCCAUACAACGCCUUCUCGACGCAUUGUUGACGUGUUAAAAUUCGCGCUUUUUGAUCCUCAUGGCUUUCCAUACAUAGACGGACAAGCCAGAGGAGAAUAUAUCGAUUAAGGCAGUUAUUUUGGUUUGUUUAUCGCACAUAAAGUAUUGUCGUCGCUUCAAAAAAAAUCUGCUGAGCCACUAUAAGUGGUUGGACCAAUUUAACGACGUCUUUGGUACUUUUCUGGACUUUGACAACAACUAUAAUAACCGUGAUGUAUGAGGAGGCCUGGAAAUCUCUCGGCUGUCACCUAAAAUAUCUUUAUUUGUUCUCCGAAGACGCAUGUUUAAACAUGUUUAACGUCAUGUGGCUGAUUUUAAGAGCGAUUGAAAGAAAUGGAAUCAAAUGGUGCCAGUGUUGAGUACAACCGCUGGAAUGAAGACAACAUAAACAUGAAAGUACCCGACUCACAGCCCAAUCUGAUUCGACUCUAUAACAGACUAUGUACUGGACAGCUGGGCAUCGCUGUGAAGGUGGCAGCAUUUGUUACUGUGGUAGUAGUGAUAUUCCUUCUUGGAUACGUCACAGGAUAUUACGUUCACCGAUGCUGACAAGAAAACGUCAUGUUAUACACUAAACAGUUGGAUAAUGAAACAAACUGAGAGCUGCUCUUUGAAAUAUGAAUUGUCAAUCAGUAUCUGUUUAUUGUUGUAUACUAGCAUUAAUAAAUAUUAUGGAAGUCCUGAAUACACAACAUAUUUACUUUUU